UCAGUGGCGAGUAGACGUGCUUUUCACAGAGCGACAAAAAUCUCAAAUAUCACUAUGAAAAGACAAAGAUCUUCCGAGAGAAAGAGCAAGAGUGUGUCUAAGAGGCGCCGUAUAGACGUCUCUUCAGAUGACAGUCGUCAGUGGUACGAGGUGAUGCUUGCCCUGGCGGCCAAAUCAGCUUGCAAACAAGUCUUUACUUCUGCUGCUCAUGCAUGGAGAGAGCACAUUAAAGACUGGUAUGAGUUGACCCAUGCCAUCAACAAGUCUGAGGAGCGUAGGGAGCUACCUACCAUACCUCAACCUACGCACCAGAUGGAGUGGUUGGCUAGAGUCAAUUUUGAGCACAGAUCCAUGCGCCGUAACAUACCACAACAGAGCUCGAGACGUCAUAAAGUCUCCAAGAAACAAGACCUAGAUUCCUCUUUUUAUGUUUACUAGAGAGGAGGCAGAUUUUGGAUAUGUCUGCAUGGGUCGACAAAAGAAUAAAACCACAAUGAUUACAGUGUCACUAUGCUUGGAUUUUGUCCUACCUGAGCUAUACACUACCCUUAUAAUUAUGAUUUUUUAAGGGGCCAUGUGUAUAUUACUUUACAUAUACUGUAAAUAGACAUAUGUAUACGACAAAUUUGCUGCAUGCGUCGCAGAUGCUUUCUUAUUUGGCAAAGUUUUAUUUGUCUUUUAUCAUUUUUUUGUUGAAAAGGAUAAUUUUAAAAACAUUCUCGAAGUUCACCAUGAUUAUAAACAAAACUUUUGCAUAUCCUUUUAUUGACUGGCAUUUCUUUACCGAUUGAGUUCCUGCAAUCUUAAAAGAUUCUUUGAUAACUUACAUGUAGUUGGGUUAAUAAAUAAAAAAUUAAAUUAAG